AUGAGCUCGCCCGCGUCCAAGCGCAUGCGCUUGUCGACCUCAAGGACCUCUCUCUCCGGUCGCAAAAGCAUCUCGGGCGGGCAAUCAGCGCUGCCUCGACCAACCUCCGCAGCUGGGCAGAAUCGACUCACAAGCACGCAACCUUCGUACGAUUUCAUCGCCGGAGGCGCACCUGAGAAUCCUUCGCAGCCCUUCAGACAGUCCCGACUCCGCCAGCCUUCUGUCUCAAGAGCAGACCCGAGCCAAGACGAAAAUCUCCGAGCGAAGAUCAACUCCCUCGAGUACGAAUUGAAGAACCUGCAGCAGGAGCGAGGUCUUCUGGCGCUGCAGCAUGAGAAAGAGCUGCGGGAACAACAACUGAGGGCAGAUGCAGACUUCAAAAAGUAUCAGACUGCCGAAAGCGCUGCUCAAAAGGCGACGCAGCGACAAGAGGCGCUUGCGAAGGAACUGCGCGAAUUGCAGGACCAGAGAAUCAACGAGAAAGCCGCGCUGGAACGGCAAUUACGCGAUCUACAAGAUCAAGCCGCCUCUUUGAAGGAAGAUGCUACGGAUGCGCAGGCGCGUUUCGCUGAUCAAGAAAGGCACUACAAACACCAACUCAAUGAUGUCGAGGCAAAACGUGCAGCCCUCCAAGAGACCGUGGACAGUGUCAGACAGCAAUUGGAAGAUCUGGGUCAGCAGUUCGAGUCAUCACAGACGCGCUUGUCCGAACGGGAUGCGAAAAUUGAGGGUCUCGAAACCGAGGUCGCCGCGCUGAGGUCGCACUCCGGAGACAGCGAAGCGAUGCACGUUCUGCAGAACCAGCUUUCUGAACAAAUGGGACACAUUCGAAAGCUCGAGGCAACCAACAGAGAACAACUGGCUGAGCUGCGGCGACUGCGCGAAGCGCACCGCAGUGUCGAGGUCGUCGAAGAACAGAAACACGGUUUAGAAAUCGAGCUUCAAGUGCUCAAGGACGUGCAGAGACAAUUGGGAGAAGCUCAGAUACAAAGAGAGAUACUCGAGGAUGAAAAGAGAACGUGGACGAGCCUUCUGCAGCGCGACGGGCAAGAAAGCGAAUUCGAGUCUCCUGAGGCUGUUGUCAAAGCCCUUAUCCAGCAACGGAUAGAGCAUGCUUCAAUCGUGGACAGACUGGGCACAGUUGAAAGCGAGCUCGCAGAAAAGGACGAGAUCAUCAGAGCACUGGAAAGAGAGAAGGAAGUCUUGAACACCGAAGUGGAAAAUCUGAAAUCCACGAAGACUGCGCAGACGGACGCUGGCCAGGACAACAAAGCCUACAAGAGACUAGAGCGACAACGGGUCCUUGCCGUCAAAGAGGUCGAAUAUCUCCGAGCUCAAUUGAAGACCUUUGACGCCGAGGAGACGGUCUUGAUGGACAACCAGAACUUCGAUGCGCAACGGUCUGAACAGAUCAAGAACUUGGAAAACCUGGUGGAUCAAUACAAGGCUGAGGUGCAGACACUCCACUCUGAUCUAUCGAAACUUGAAGCGACACCUGCAGCCCCCGCUCCUGUUUCUGACGAGCCACGCGGAACAAAGCGACCUGCAGAUUCACAGGAGCCCGAAGGCGAAGGAGGUAACUCACAGCUAGGUGCGUUAUUGAGAAAGAACAAGAAUCUCCAGAUCGCGUUGCAGAAGACCGCUCAGCAGUCCCAAAUGCUGGCCACGGAUCUUCAAGCAACGAAAGCACAACUGAAAGCCUUACGAGAGAGCUCUAAAACACGAGUGCUGGAGCUUCGGGACAAUCCUACAGCUAAAGCUGAGGCGAUCAAAAUGUCAACGUUACGGACGCUCAAGGAAGAAAACAAGGCGCUUCUCACACAGUUGAGGGGUGAUGGGUCUGAAGACGCCAAAGUAGUCCCUGCCAGCUCGGUGGAUGCACUGAAGCUGGAUCUCAAGGAUAUGGAAAUGGUAGUGGCCGAGAAAGAAAAGCGGAUGAGGCGACAACGAGAGAUCUGGACGCAAAAGGCUGCAGAAUUCCGGGAUGUCAUUGCGAGCGUCCUUGGAUACAAAGUCAACUUUCUUCCCAACGGAAAAGCCAAAGUUUCGAGUAUGUAUUAUGGACGGCCUCAUGAUCUGGGAGACGAGAGCGAGGACGAAGAGGACGACCACUACAUCAUUUUCGACGGGGACAAUGGGACUAUGAAGAUAAGCGGAGGGCCCGACAGCCCCUUUGCUGCGGAAAUCCGAGAUCUGAUCAAUUUCUGGGUGAAGGAGAAGAAGCAGAUCCCGUGCUUCCUUGCGGCGAUGACUCUGGAGUUUUACGAGAAGUUUACCAACAGGGAAAAUGAGGCUUGA